CCUAAUAUGAAAAUUGUAAACAAAGUUAUUAUUUUACUUUUCAAAUAACACUUAUAUACGUACGUCGCUCACUCGCUCAUUUAGAACAUGAUAAUUUAAACAUACCUACCAUAGUACCAUGAGUGGAAGACGGAAGUGGAUUUACUGGAUAUAGUUAGUUGUUCUUCAAUUCUACAUUCUACAAACCAUUCGGCGGCUGAAUACUUACAUUGACUUUAAGGGUUUUCUGGAAACUAAUUUCAUAAAGUAACCAUCUAGAAGUUCAUUACGUGUUGCACCGUCCUACACGAUGUCGCGCAACGAUAAUAAAGUCAACAGUGACGAUAAUUCAGUUGCUGAUAAUGCAGUGGUGAACUCCGGUGACGGCACUCCGACGAAUAACCCAAGCACAAAAACAGCUACCGCGGCGCAAAGUACUUCCAACAAUUCGGAAAAGAAUGUUAUGAUGAAUAAUUCACAAAUACUUGAACCACCUAUACCUGCAAUCCGCGCAAAUGUGGUAGCGAAAGCAAUAGAGUUUUUGGUCCUCGAAUCUGUACAAAAAAUGUCUGCUGAAAGAAAAAUCAACUUCUUAAGUAAAAAAGGAUUAACUGAUGCUGAGAUUCAGUAUUCAAUUCAGAGAGCAGCAAUGAUCUGUUAUGAUAAUCUAAGUCUUCAUAAAACAAAUCCUCCGCCUGUUCAUUACAAUGCUUCUAGUGCAGUUCAAACAUCAUUUGAAUCACAGAGCUGGUACAGUCGCCUGUUUGGACCAAUAGCUUUUGCUGCUGCAAUUGUAUACAUUGGCUAUAAGUUGUAUAAAAAAUAUAUUGAAAACUGGCUCUUUGGGGUUAAAAAAAUUCCAUUGGAAGUUCGUUUGGAAACAUUAGAGUUGUCAGUCCAAAGGUGUUUGAUGAUGUUAGAAGAAAGAGACAAUUCAUUCAAAUCAUCAAAUACAUAUGCCGAUCAGCAAAAAGAUUUCUGUACUCAAGUUCGUGCUGAACUUAUGUCUAUUAAAAAAUUACUUCUCAAUAGAUUCCAAUUUCCUCCAGCCCCUGCAUCUUCCAGCAUACCACAAUGGCAGCUACCAAAAAAAACCAAAUCACAAGUAGAACAAAAAAAAAUCAACAGCAGAGAUGUACCAAAUUCAUUACAAACAAAUGAAAAGAAUAUACAUCUUAAUGAGACUCAAAAAAGUCCAAUAAUUGGUAUUCAAUUAAAUGGUCUAAAUGGUAGUGAUAACGACAAGGAUCAAUUAACAAUUAACUCUACGUCUAAUGAAACACCAUUCCCAACAAGUUCUAACCAAAAUUCAAUUGUACGUGAAAAUGUGAAUGGUAAUGGUGACAUUUCUAGUGAACAUAUUAAGAAUAAUGAAGGUGUUAAUCAAUAAUGUGAAAUGUAUGAAUAUAAAAAUAUUUCUUUCAACUUUUUUUUUAACUUUCAAGUUUGAAAAUAAUUAUAAAUCAUAUUAUUAAAAAAAUAUUUUUGACAUCUGUGCAUUUUUAACUUAUUUAUAUUUUUCAUCAGUCAGGUUUCAUAUGGUUAUGUCUUAUGUGUAUUUGAGAUCUGAAUAAAAAUAAAUUAUC